AUGAAGCGGCAGAACGUGCGCACGCUGGCGCUGAUCCUGUGCACCUUCACCUACCUGCUGGUGGGCGCCGCCGUCUUCGAUGCUCUGGAGUCGGAGGCCGAGACGGCCGACUGCGCCCGGCUGGAGAAGAGGCAGCACGAGCUGAUGAGCAAGUACAACCUCUCCGAGGCCAACUACGUGGAGCUGGAGGGGGUGGUGCUCAAGCUCAAGCCCCACAAGGCCGGCGUCCAGUGGCGCUUCGCCGGCUCCUUCUACUUCGCCAUCACCGUCAUCACCACCAUCGGGUACGGCCAUGCAGCCCCUAGCACCGAUGGCGGGAAAGUCUUCUGUAUGUUCUAUGCCCUGCUGGGGAUACCCCUCACCCUGGUCAUGUUCCAGAGCCUGGGCGAGAGGAUCAACACUUUUGUGAGGUACCUCCUCCACCGCAUCAAGAAGUGCCUUGGCAUGAGACGGCCAGAAGUCUCCAUGGCCAACAUGGUCACCAUUGGGUUCUUCUCUUGCAUCAGCACCCUUUGCAUCGGGGCCGCAGCAUUCUCCUACUACGAGAACUGGACCUUCUUCCAGGCCUACUACUACUGCUUUAUCACCCUCACCACCAUCGGCUUUGGGGACUACGUGGCCCUUCAGAAGGAGCAGGCCCUCCAGAACAAGCCCCAGUAUGUGGCCUUCAGUUUCAUCUACAUCUUAACCGGGCUGACCGUCAUCGGGGCCUUCCUCAACCUGGUGGUGCUGCGGUUCAUGACCAUGAAUGCUGAGGACGAGAAGCGGGAUGCUGAGCACCGGGCCCUGCUGACCCGCAACGGGCAGGCCAGCAGCGUGCACACCACCGACACCACCACUUCCUCAACGGCGGCUGCGCUGGGGGGUGUGGUGGGCGGGGGGAGCGGCACUGGCAGGGGGGGGCUCCGGAACGUCUACGCCGAGGUCCUGCACUUCCAGUCCAUGUGCUCCUGCCUCUGGUACAAGAGCCGGGAGAAGCUACAGUACUCUAUCCCUAUGAUCAUCCCCAGAGACCUUUCCACCUCGGACACGUGCAUGGAGCAGAGCCAUUCCUCGCCUGGCCACUACCCCGAGACUCCGUCCAACAGAUGCUUCUGCAAUGCCCAACGUUCGGCCAUCAGCUCUGUCUCCACAGGACUCCACAGCCUCUCGGCCUUCCAAGGACUCAUGAAACGCCGGAGCUCUGUGUGAACUCCAGGAGCCCUUCUGGAAACAAUCCUUGGCUUCAGAGCCAGGGAGGGAACUAAGGGAGACAGGCACAGAAACCCAGCAGGGGGAGAAACAGGACAGCAACCACACCUAGGGUUUAUACAGAGCAUAUCUAUAGAUGCACGAGAGGAAGAGCACUGGGUGUCUUGGGCAUGUGCAAUGAGAGCAAAGCCCAUCGACAGAUGGAUCCAGGGCUGGGCUGGCUGUCUCGGCCAAUGUCCUGGGGAACGGAACCCCCCGAUUCCGUACAGGUGGAGCAAGGAAUAGCUUUGGCCAGGCUCCCCUGUAAGUCAGGGAGGGAGGGAAAUAGAGGUCACUCCUCCAGUGGGGCACACAUUGUGCAGCCUGUUCUCCCUAGGAAAGGAGUCUCAGAUGAUGCUCCUUUGGUUGGUGAAGGGUUUAAAUGUUCAUUUUGCAGCAACUCCACAAAAUGUGAAACUUGAAAAUAACUUUCUACACCC